GGUGAAAUCUUUGCCUGCAGCCUUUCGCAGACUAGAAGCAACAGGGUGAAAUAAUCCAGAGCUCCAGACUACAGUAUCUGGGCCUCUGUUGUCAAUCUCCCGUGUCAUCCAGAGAAUGUCUGGGCUCUUGUUCAUUUUCUGCAUCUAUGGCCUGGGUGCAUCAGCCUCCAGUACUCAGCCCAGGAAAAGCACAGAGAAGUGCCAAGACAUCAUCAGGCAUCCCAAACUUUACCUGCAGCUGGAAGGAGAACCCGCUGUAAUAAGAUGUCCUUAUUUGAGAUAUCAGAAGUUGAACUCCUCCAAAUUCCACUUUAAUAUAACAUGGCAUAAAAAUGAUUCUGGAAGGACAAUUCCAGAAAAACAAGAACGAACAAGAAUCUGGGCUGAAGGAGAGUCUCUCUGGAUUUUGCCAGCAUCAGUGGAGGAUUCUGGAAGUUAUAUUUGCACUGUGAGGAAUUCCUCUUAUUGUGCCCAAAUGUCCAUCCAGCUAACAGUAUAUGAUAAGGUCAAUGCCUCCUUGCCAUUCAAUUCAUACAAACAAAUUCUAUUCACUGCAACUUCUGGAAAGCUUGUAUGUCCUGAGCUGAGGAAUUUCAUCUCCAAAGACACUGCCCUGGAGGUGAACUGGUACAAGGAUUCUGUGCUUUUGGACAAAAACAGUGAGAAUUUCACAGUCGUGAAAGGAUCCCCCUUCCUCCUCAUAAAGCAUAUUUCUUUGGGAGACUCAGGCUAUUACAUCUGUGAAAUGAUUUUCACCCAAGAAGGCAAGAAAUACAACAUCACCCGAAGAAUUGAAUUACAAGUUAUUGAAAAGAAGAAGGACAUUGUUCCAGUGAUUGUGUAUCCGAAUCAGGAGACCAUAUUAACGGCGCUCGGUUCAAAACUGAUAAUCCCCUGUAAAGUAUUUCUUGGAUUAGGUGAGCAAUCCUCCACGUGGCUGAGGUGGACAGCUAACAACAGCCUCGUAACCAAUGUCUACAAAGAAGGCCGUGUAUCAGAAGGAGAGCGCCAGGAAUUUUCAGAAAAUAAUGAAAACUACAUUGAGGUGCCACUGGUAUUUGACCCAGUCUUAAAAGAGGAUAUGUACACAGAUUUUAAAUGUUUUGUUCAUAACACAGUUGGAUAUCAAAUGCUGCUAGCUAAAGUCAGAGAAGCACCCACUUUCUCCUGGUGGAUUGUGAUGGCUCCAGUCUUAUUGAUCUUCUCUGUACUUGGGGGCAUUUGGAUGCACAGAUGUUGGAAACAGAGAGCUGAAAAAGCAUAUGUCCUGACUCAUUCAGAAAUGCUCAGCAAUGAGGAUGAGCCCUCCACACCCUAAAAGAAGAAAAUAAAAGUGAUGGGGUUCCAUCCAUAUUCGUUUCUGUAGAACUGGCUGUUCCUUCAUAUGAGCCCUUCUUUCUGCCUUCUGGUGCCCCAGAACACCUGAAUUUCUGGGAAGACUUUUGACCAGGGGCAUAACUCUUGACUGAAAUGUAAAUUUUAGGACCUCGAAGCAGGUGCAUGUUACGUGUGUUUAUGAACUGUUCUGUACAGGUGCAAUAUCUCCGAUCUGUUCCAUACCUCAAAUGAAAAGGGUCUAUAGGAUGCCUUUGUGGCUAGGGCUAAGACAAAACUUUUAGGAGGAUGUUGAAGCAAAAAAUACUAGAAGUCACCCCCCGUGGAUUUUUUCCCAGUUUCUUCCUUCCUAGACUCCCCCAAAAAGUCCCAGGUUUUAAAAUACUUGAUGCACUUCCUA